UUUUUUCCUGCGAGUUACGGGGCUCGCAGGGAGCGGGGCAGGCACGGGGUGCAGCGUGUCGGCCGCUUCCUUGAGGCGAGGCAGUGAAAGGUGCUGCGGAGAGUUCCGAGAACCAAGCUGGUGAGGGGCGUGAAGCACAAGUCUGAUGAGGAGCAGCUGAGGGAGCUGGGGCUGUUUAACCUGGAGAAAAGGAGGCUGAGCGGAGACCUUAUCACUGUCUGCAACUGCCUGAAAAGAGGUUGUAGCAUGGAGGGUGUUGGUCUCUUCUCCCAAGUGGCAAGUGAUAGGGCAAGAGGAAAUGGCCUCAAGUUGCACCACGGGAGGUUUAGAUUGGAUAUUAGGAAAAAUUUCUUCCUGGAAAGGGUUGUCAGGCAUUGGAACAGGCUGCCCAGGGCAGUGGUGGAGUCACCAUCCCCGGAGGGGUUUAAACCGCAUUUAGAUGAGGUUCUUAGGGACAUGGUUUAGUGCCAGAGUUGGGUUAAAGGUUGAACCUGUUGGUCUAGAGGGUCUCUUCCAAACAAAAUUAUUCUGUGGAAGGACACUUCAGCUUUCUGAGGAAACACAGAACAGCAGGGUGUGAAAGGCGCUGAGGUGCAUGUUGUCCUCACCAAAUGGUGCUUGUGCGGCCCUUCCCCACUUGCAGAGCUGUCUGUGGAGGAUGAGACUUGCACUUGGAACACGCAAGGAGCCGUCUCAAAGUGAGGAGGCCGUGCUGGUAUCAUCCCUGUUUUGCGUGGAAUGGCCUCAGCCCCUUUCUUCUGCCACAGUGUUCUUCAGGCUCACCGAGCCCUUGGUUCUGCUGUAUCCUCAUCAGGUGUGUGCAGCAGGUGCUUGCCAGGCUGCUCACAGGGUGAGAAGAAGCAGAAGUCUCACACUGUAUUUAGGGUGAGCAAGGAAGAUACUGAGGAGCUGCGAUGGUAGCUGAGCCGGGAUUUACUUCCAACAUUUGACUUAAGUGGCCCCCAAGUCUUCCAGUGCAUCUACACCAUGGCAAAACCCUGUAAAAUCAACAAGCAUUUAUUAAGUUUGAAAGCUACUGUCAGUCUAUACUGCCAAACUAGCAGUCUGCAGAUACCAACCAAACAGGCACAGCUGCCUCAUUCAAGCAACCCGCUUCCUAAUACAAAAAGUCAUGAACAUUCACUUCCCUUUUUGGGUUUGCUGUGAAAGGGCAUUAAUGUAUCUUUAUUAACACAACCUGUGUUUACAGCUUAAAUGGAAAAUACGUUGUUUAUACAGGGCUGUUUUUACGUUCAAUCCGGGUAGAAUAAACAAUCAAAAAACAUCAAAUGAUUAAAAAAAAAAAAAACAACAAAACCCAGCAACAGUUUCAGGAGCAAACAUUACUGUUACAAAAAGCAGCUUGUUAGAAGAUGUGAUUCCAAUGUGGAGAAUGCAAUCGCUGUUUGGUAAUUUUAAGAACAGGGAAGUUAAUGUUAAAAUGCUGCAGCUUUACAAUCUUAAGAGUAUUAGGAAUCCUUAUUACUUAAAAUUUGACUAGGAAGGAGAUUGAUGAAUAAAGAAAAUGAAUAUUCUGCAACAAACUGUGGCAUCUGGUGCACAAAUAUUCACUAAGAUCUAGGAAAGAUUAUGGUACUGUACGUUUUGCUGUUUCUUGUUAAACUUUAGUAGGACUUUGGGACACUUCAGUUAUGACAUUCUUACUUCAUUUCACCCUGUUCUUCAAAAUUAAUAUUGUUUGUUUGAUGCCGAACCAAAGAGAAAUGCUCAGGUUUAGUUAGGGUCAUCCAUUGCAAAAAAGUUCAUUCAGACAUGUCACCCUGUGUUUAAUGAAAUGCAGAGGAAAUGUUUGUAUAUACAAACCAUUUAUUAUGGCACUGAAAGGCAUACAAAAAUAAUAAUAUUUAAAUGUGUUUUGGUACUGUAGCUUGCAGAAAAGGAACUUAUGUUCUUGGUCUCUCCUUGCCCUUGUACAAGGCCAACAGAGAAAUGGUGGUUACUUUGACUUGAACUCCAUGAAAUGUCACCAACAGGGUGAUCCUUCCAACAAAAAACCAGCAACCAGAACUUUGUUGUUUUCCUGGGCUUCCCUAGACUUCAGCAGUAGCGCCAGGUCUUGACGUGCUGGCCACGGCUGUGGCCAUGUCCCCAGUUCUUCGGCCACAGGGGCCUCUGCAGAGCCAUGCUUGCCAAGGUGGCCACAAGACCCUGCUCUCCUGGGAUCCUACCUCUCCCCGACAAGGUGUUUUUGCAGUGAAACCCACAAAAUUAGGCUGCUGGGAACAGCCACCCGAGAGGACUGUUGGUGGAAAAGGGUUGUUUUCUUUGGAGAACGCCAGCAGUGCUACAUAAGUGCUUCUAAAAUUAAAUGUUUCAGUUGGCCGAGCAGAUAAAUCCACCCAAAAUCCCACAAUUUAGCUUAAAACUCCUGCUAUAAGCUGAUCUCCAGCGUUCCAUGUGAGAUCUGAUUUCUGAUGUCCCGUGGAGCUGUAGCCUCAACCCGGGGUGCUCAGGGGCGACCUCGCUGCAGCCAGUCCCUUGAUCCCCACCACUCACAUCCCUGUCCAUCUGCAGUCUCCUUAGCACAGCCCCGUCUGCAGGUGUGUGAGAUGCUUUUGGGGUUUCCUCGUGUGCCUCUUAGCAGGGAGAACAACAAAAAGGAGGUUGAAUUGAAAAUGGAGGGAGAAUUAGGGCUGUGAGUACCUUUUCUGGUAGCUCAGAACCUGUGGCUUUCUUGAAUAGCAAGUAUUUUACAAAACACUGGUGGGUGAUCAAAACAGAUCCUCUGGCUGCCACAGUUACAUUCUCCUGGGGAAGGGAGAUACACAGGUGUUGGGACCUCCUUCCACACAGGAGCACAAGGUCCUGCACGUGGGUAGGGGCAACUCCUGGUAUCAAUCUGGGUUGGAGAUGAAGGGAUUGAGAGCAGCCCAGAGGAGAAGGACGUGGAGGUGCUGAGGGAUGAGAGAUUGGACGUGAGACAACAAUGAGAGCUCACAGCCUAGAAAGCUGACCAUAUCCUGGGCUACAUCUAAGUGUGUCCAGCAGGUGGAGGGAGGUGAUUCUGCCUCUCUGCUCCGCUCUGGUGAGACCCCACCUGGAGUCCUGUGUCCAGCUCUGGUUCCUCAGCACAGGACACACAUGGACCUGUUGGAGAGCAGCCCUGAGGAGCCACAGAAAUAAUCAGAGGCUGGAACAGCUCUGCUGGGAGGACAGGCUGAGAGAGUUGGGGUGUUCAGCUGGAAAGGAGAAGGCCCUGGGGAGAACUUAUUGUGUGCUUAAAAGGGGCCAAUAAGAAAUAUGGGGACAGACUUUUUAGCAGGGUCUGUUGUGAUGGACAAGGGGUGAUGGUUUUUAAACUAAAGAAGGGAGAUGGAGGUGAGACCUGAAGAAGAAAUUUUUGACGCUGAGGGUGGUGAGAGCCUGUCCCAGGUUGGCCAGAGAGGUGGUAGAUGAACCAUCCCUGGAGACAUCCCAGGCCAGGCUGGACGGGGCUCUGAGCAACCUGAGCUGGUGAAGAUGUCCCUGCUUGUGGCAGGAGGCCUGGAGCAGAUGAGCCUUGAAGGUCCAUUCCAACCCAAACCGUUCUGUGACUCUGUGAUUCUAGAUCUACCUUGUUACACUGAGCUUUUUUGUGUUUGUGUUUUUUUGUUUGUUUGUUUGUUUUUGUUUUGUUUGUUUGUUUUUUGUGUGGUUCCCGUCACUGCCCCUUGCUUUCCCCAAAGGCCGGCUGCGAAUCAAGCUUCAUUCUUGAUCCAGUCUCCAUCCAGACCAGCUGGCAGUAGGGCCUGGAGUCUGCAUGGAGAUUUCUUGCGAGACACUGGCAUCCUUUGGUGUUGUUAGGAAGGGAGCAGGAAAAAGAGUUGUAACAGGAUUCAUUUUUGCAUCAUCCCUGCCUGUGUGGUGGAGAUGAAGACUAAAAGCCCUGCAGGCAAAUUAGUUGCCCAGAGAGAGGAUUUCAUUGGAACUGUGACAAGAUUUUUCUUUUUAUUCAGGCCAAUUUUCUGUCCAUGCUUCUGUUGCAUUGUGGAUAUAUCUAAAUCACAAGAACAAUGUGUGUCUCAAAGAAAAAAAAAUCGUAAUGGUAUCUCACGUGCUAGUACCUUGUACAGUGGCUGAUACCUUAUAGUUAGGUUGAGAUAUAUUAUUUUAGAAAGCUGCUCAGUUCAUGCUGACCUGAUAUGUCACCUGAAGGUAACUAUAAACUGUGUUGAAAAUAGAUUGUGCUGUUGUCUGCCUGAGGAGAUGCUAGCCAAAGAGAUAAGUUAUCCAUGUCUAAAAUUACGUCUGCAGUCUCAUUCGUUGCAUGCAAACCCAGUGUGUGUAUAAUCAUUGCAGCAUCAGGCGGAACAGCUGUCAUCUCAGGGUCUCCAUCAAUGUUAGUGUGGUCAUCCUGUUUGACAGGGGGUUUGCUGGACUGUGGUGACACAUUUGGCUAUGUGUGGAGUGCCAGCAAUACCAACUGGCUAGCCUAUCAGUCUCUGAUAUUUUGCUUCAUAAACCUCACAAAACUGUGAGCCCUUACACUGAAUAUAGUUGCCAGCUGCUUUCUUAACUACCCUGUGUGUGAUGGAGAUCCAAAAAUAGAGAAGUGUUGAAAGUACAGUAAGAUCUCCUGCUGUGCCUCCCCCCAGGUCGUGUAAAAGUCUGAGCUGCUGUGAUACAAAGUGAAAACCAACUAAGUAGUAGGUACUUUAUUAUUAAAGGAUGAGUUUUUCAUGAAGAGUAAUCAUGAGCAAAAACUGUUUGCCAGAGCGAGGAAAGAAAAGACGAUAAGCAGCAGUUUAAUCCUCUGUUUUGGAAUAUUGGCCACUUUUAGCCCACCACAGCCCAUCUUAAAGGAUGUAAACAAAAAUGUUGACUUCCUCUUGACUUUGGCAUGCAGGAUGUUCAUUGGAUGCCUUUGUGGAGUUGAAUGUCACUUCGUGCGUUCCAUAAAACAGUGUGUGGGCUUUGCUCAUGAUCCUCUGUUGACCCUUUGUCCACUGUGCAUGUAUGUAUUCAAAGCAUGUGGCCGAGCAAGCUUUGUUUGCUUGAUUUCAGCGUAAAACAGGCAAGUGUACAACGGCAAUUCAUCAACAGUAUCACAAGAGCUCAUCUAAUCAUGCCCCAGUCAGGACCACUGCAUGUGAGGCUCCAUUCAAGUGUUCUUUUAAACUCAAUAAUGCAGAGAUGGUGGUUUUAUCAUCAUUCUUCACCAAAAUUAAGUGCUUAGGAUGACUUUUUGCUUUCAGUGGAUCUAUACCAUGUGAGUCUGCUUAUGCUUGAACCUCAUGAGAAAGCAACAUUUUUAAGAACUGUUUCAAACGUUUAAUAUUAUUGUUGUUAUAAGCAAGUGUCAAGAGGUAAGGAAAGACUUUUAUUGAUGCUCUUUGCUUCUACCAUUAUUUCAGAUGAUGACUGUCAAUUAAUGAAUUAUUAUCAGCAUCCAUAAUAUCCUUAUGUAGUGAGGAAGUCAGCAUAUUUUCAUUGAUUUACACUAGCUUAACCGUAGCAGUUUGGUGCUACAUGUUUUCUUGGUUGUCUGCAAAAGCUCCUUUGUUUCUGAGCAGAUAGACAUGUACUUUUCUCCUCUUUGACUAUAGGAAAUGGUGGCCUGAGAAGGCACAUUGCCUCUAGAAAUCGGUAGCACCAUGGAAGCACACAGGCUGGAAGUACAAUUAAAGAUACAUUCUGUUGUCAUGGGAUGGGCUACAGGACAUUAUCUUGGAUUCAACCAGUAUUGACUUCAGGUGCGGCCUCCCACAUCUUGUUUGUACUACUUUCUCUCACUUUUGCUGCCCUUAAAGGACGCAUUAUUUUUUCAUUUGUGCCAUACUGGUUUGUAUUUCAGCAUUUUUCUUUAGCUUUUGCUGCCAUGCUGAUGAAGAACACUUAGAAAACAGCAGCACAUGGAUGAAAUGUCAAGGCACCAUCAGAAAGCCUCUCUGUGCCUUUUCCUCUGCACUUAUUUAGGAGGCACUAGGGGUCAGGAGGACUGAAAUGUUUAAUAAACCAGUGACAUUAGUGGCUUCACGGUUUUUAGGAGAGUGUGUGACUUUCCUACCUCUUCCCGGGGCUGCUUAAAAUUUUCAGCUGAGCCAUGUCCCUGUACUGUUGGUUCUAAGUUAAGCAUCAUACAUUUCUGCUGCUUCACAGAAAAUUCAGGGAUUAUUUUCAAAUGGUAUUUGUUUAUCGCUAUGCUCCCUUAUCUCAUUUUUCCAGCUGUGAUUCCCACGUAAGUAUCUGGAUUCCUCCUUAAAUUGGAUAGAAGCAGUACUACUGAGGACAAGCUGUUGAGCGAUUUUUAAGAUUAGUGAAUACUCUCUGUGUCACUGAAGGAGAAAUGAAUUAAGAUGGUAAAUCCUUUUUAAUAGUUACGAUGCCAAAGCCCCUAUCUUUAUCUUAUAUCUGGAAUGCAACAGAUGGAAGCUCUUAAUUGGUGAAGCAGGGCUUACUGUGUGAUCACAUCAGCGGGCGGCUGAUGUUAACUGCUGAGUAAGAAAGCGGUGUGUAGAUAGACAGGUAUAUAUAUAUACAUUAAUACACAUAGCUGUUAGUAGGAGCUGUUUGUGACUGUGUUCUGCCUGAUAUUUAAGUGGAGAAGGGUGCAGCGUGAUGAAAUGUCAGCUAAGCACUGGUCCGAGCUUCCUUUUGAGAUACCCACAUGUUGUCCCAAAACAGGGUUCUUUACCCAGUGUGUGUACAAAUGUGCCAGAUUUAGCACACAGAGACAAGAUAUUUUAUUACAGAGUUGCACAAGUCUGGAUGCUGGAAUAAAAGCCAGCACGCCUGCCAGAAAAGUAAAAGGUGUUAUAUACAAAAUCUUAUCACCACUCAGGGCAGUCCCAAAGAGCCAAUUGGUUACGCAUUGGCAUAUUGCAUUAUAUAAUCCUUUUGGCCUAUAAUGAGCAACAUUCAGCCAAAGGACACUUCAUCCAACAGUCUUGAGAUAUGUGUUAACGUAAGAACUAAUUGUGCGGGCUUCAAAAUGUCUAAAGUUGCAAGGUCAGUAGUGUCUAUAGUUUGUGAUUAGGUGUUUUGUAAGUCACUCUUUGUUAAAUGAGCAGGCCAACCUAAACAUGAAAGGAUUUGCAUAUCUUUAGGUUAGCAAUUUCAGACAGGAUUCAUUCUUUGAAGUGGUGAGAACACACAGUGAAGGUGAUUACCAAGACCCCGUCUCUGCCUGGGCCCCAGAGCUCCCUCCAGGCUGGUCCAGAUCCGUGGCUGUGUUCAUGCAGGUGGCCAGACUGUGCACAAGCACACUGCAGGACGCUGUUGUUGUGCCUGCUCCACCAGUAAGUGUCCUGAUUCCAGCUUUCCUGGUCCUGUGUAGUCACUUUGAAUAUAAAGUUGUCCUGGUUUUGUUAAAAACAAGUUUCUUUUAGUGAAUUUGCAUGUCAGCUGAAGCCUUCAUAUUAGCUACAUUUUUCUGAAAAGCCAGCUACAUGUUUUUGUAGACAUAGCAAUGGUGUGCAAGGUCGCUGGACUGUUGAGGAUGGAUGUACAACUUGCGAGAGGGGCAAUGAGAAACAGGUGACCAAAAAACUGACCAACUGAAAUACUCCAUCCCAUUCAUGUCAUACUUCAUAUAAAAGUGGGAGAUCACGAGGAUCUUGUCCCUUUUCCUCAUGGCUGACAUUAGGAGAGGACCUUGCUAGUCAUCCCUGCGAACUGAGGGCUUGUGGCAGACUGAAUCCAACUCCGGUUUGCUGCAGGGUCCAGUCCAGGACUUCGGGUGCCGGCCCUGCAGUUCCUGGGACUUUCAAGAUUGGUUUUGUAUAUUUUGUAUUAUUUUCUCUAUUUUUAUUGGUAGCAUUAGUAAAAUGAUUUUUCCAACUCUCUUAUCUCUGUCCUUCUUUCCCUCCCAAUCACCUGUCCUUAGUGGGGAGUUGGGAGAGGGAGGGGAUGAAGGGGGAAGUGGGGGUUAAGAAUACAUCUGCCAUGGUUUGUUGUCACCCCGCAAUCAAAACCUCAACAAAGGUGUAAUUAGUAAGCAAUGUUGGGAGAGCACAUGUGGGUCAUAGAGUCUGAGGAGCCAGCUUGUGUACCUAUCCCUCUUUGCCAUCAUGAGCACAACUGAUGUCUAUUUUGAGAAGGCCAGUGAGGAGGGAGGGUCUGCAGAGGGGGUACCGGCGCCCGUGACCCGUGUAUCUUUUGAGAACUGACCCAUCCCAGAACCAGCUUGCCUUUGUCACGGUGAUGUGUGUGCUCCCUGCUGCCUUAGCCUGACAGUCCAGAAACGGAGGCAGCGUAAUCCUGUGGGCAUUUAACAGCUGUGCUCUGGCCUAGAGUUCUCUGUAAGUAUAAAAGCAGUUGAGCCAGGAAGCUGGACACACACAAACUGAAGUGCUGAAGGAAGGAAACCACUUGCAAAUACUUAAUUUCUAAGCUUGCUGCAUCUGCUUUCACUACUGUAAAAUGGGAAUAAUACUAUUACUCUGAAGGUAUUAUAAGGCUUCAAAAUACAUGUAAUUCUUUUCCUGGUUAUGAUAUGGAAGGAGAAAUUUCAGAGCUGUUUGGAAACAGCACCUUCACCUUUCUUUAAGCUUAGGGUUGAGUGUAGGUAAGAAGUGCUCUUCAGUGUGAUUUUAGAGCUGGGCAAGACCAUCUGAUUUUAUUUCUUUUUUUCCUUAACAAGCAGCCCACAUCCUGGUACAAUUUCCCCAGGAUGUGUAAUCUGUAAUUCACCAGGAAGCUGGCGUGUCCCAGCAGUAGGCGUCCACCGUCAGAGUAAAUCCGAGCACACGAAGGAUUUCUCCCGUGGGUACCGGUGCGGUGAUGUGGUGGUGAAUCCCGUCCCCGACUGGCUGGAUCUGCUGCCUGUCAGACUGCCAGGCGGAGCAGGGGCUGAUGCUGGACCAGAGGAGCAGAUGUGCUGGGUGUGGAGGCACCGGUGCUCUUCUCCAUGGAAAGAAACGCUGCCCUCGGGUUCCUCCUGCUCAUUGUGUACGUGGGAUUCACAGCGCCUGUGGAGCAAAUGAUUGCGACAGCGGAUGGCAGUUCAAGUGUGUUCCCAGAUCAAGAUUCUCUGCAAAGAAAUGAUCGACGUUAUGAUGGUGGUGUGAAGCCAAAAUUCAAUGUAAAUCAAGUAGCAAUUACACAGGUUGUCAGCUACAACGUGAGCAGGAAAGAACAGUGGGAAAGAGUGUCCUGGAGGCCAUUCACCCACAGCCACUCCAGCCCUCUCAACGUCACGGUGAAUGGCAUCCCCUGCAUUCUCUUCUGGGCCAAGAGGAUCAUGAUUAAGUUUGAAAACCACACGCGGCUGGAUUUGACAGAGAAGACAUUUGGUGUCCAUGCAACAGUGGAUGUUGGAGAUUCAAACUGCAGUGAAGAUAAUGCAAUGCUUUCUCUGAAGUUUGGUGACAUUGGCAAUCUCAAGGGACUUGUUAUUAGAUUCUUACUAACAACAAGCUAUUACCAGAUGUCUGUUCAGAACUGGUUCAGUUUACACAGGCUGCAACUUCUUUACAACCACUCCAUACAAGCGACGUUUAAUGCGACCAGAAUAUAUGCGCCAGCAAGUUACUCCUACCACUGUGAACACGUGAGCAGCUUGCAGAGAUAUGAUGCGCUCCUCAUACCCAGCUCUGCGAAUGAUCUUUCAAAGCUUUGGGAAGUCACUUUUACUGAUUUCCAGAUUCAAGGUUUUAACAUUCAAGAAGGACAGUUUGCCUAUGCAAAAGACUGUGCAUCCCUUUUCUCUCCAGCAAUACUAAUGGGGUUGGUUAUGUCGCUGAUUCUGCUGCUCGUUCUUGCCUAUGCUCUUCAUAUGUUGAUCCACCUGAAAUCUCUUGACCGGCACUAUGAAUGCAAAGCUUCUCCUGCCUAUUUUGCACAGAUGAAAGACAAUGACAUGGGGGAUGAGAAAGAGCCACUGAGAAGCAGUGGGAAUGAGUCCUGUGAACUUAGAAACCAACAGUUCUGUAAAAUCUAUAUUUAGCAGUAUGCAUCUGUCUCGGUGAAACAAGUGGUAUUUUAUUUUGCUGGCACUGUCGUAUGUAGUUUGUGCAGAUUUUUCACCAACUGAUGAAAGGAAAAGUAGGUAAGAGAUUGUUUAGCCAGUGACUGUUAUUUAUUGAUAAGCAUCUCGAAGAUGCUUCGGGAAACAAAGAGAGAGAAGAGUUCCAUAGUGAGUAGGAGAUUUCAUGAAAUGGGACUUUAUUCCUGUAGUGCAAAACCAAAAUGCAUAUCUUUUCAGCCAGCUUACUGAGUCCUGAAGAAAGAACCAGUAAUGGAGACUUUGAAAUUAAAAAAGAUACAAAAGAUUGCAAAAUACAUUUUAAAAAAAGAAUGACAAAAAACCAACCAAACAAAUAAACAAAAACCAAACCUCUUUGCUUAUUCUUUCAGAAGGCAAGAUUUUUCCCUGGUUUUGUAUUUGUUUCAUCUCCCCUGCUCUGUGUCCUGACAAAAUAGCAUCCACUCCUUUCUCAGUGUAUGUUUUUCUUUUAUUUUCCAAAUUACAUUGUCUCCUCUGUGUCCUCAUAAACUCCUUUUCAUCCUUUGGAGCCAUAUAAGCUCUGUGUUAUCUGCUACACUGAUGAAAUAGCAAUGGCUCUGGUACAGCAGCAUCUUGAUACGUUUCUCUGUCUAAGCUGGAGGCUUACUGUAAGGAUCUUGUGGGAGAACAGCAGACAUCUGGUCAAAGGCUUACCCUUAACUUCCCGGCUCAACUCCACUCCAAAAGACGGAUUAUGAGCAUUAUACCCUGUAAUUCUAGGUUAAUUUCUAUCAAAUCCCAUCAGUCUCUUGAGAAUGUUACCUGAAUGGAUACAGCCAGUGCUGUAAUUGAAAAUAUCUGUUAACAAAGCAGUGGAAGCUCCCCAGCAGUUAAAAAGGAUAUUGUGAUAUAAUUCUCAGUCUUCCUCUGAGUGUUCUCACUCAUCCUGUCUUCUCUUAGAGUUGAAGUUUGGGAACUCCAAAUUAGCCUGUAAUUUGGCCCUGACUUCUAGCAAGGAAGAACAGAGUAAAGUACUAACUCACUAAUAAUACAAACCCCAGCAUGUUAGAAAUACUUCUGCAAAACCAGACUUAGCAAACAAAUUCCUCUUAAAAAAAGUUCUAGAUAAUAGAUGUAAUUAGUCAUUUGUGGUCUUUGUAAACUGUACUGAAGUGCUCUUUAAACACCUUGAGAGGUGUCCAGGGUCCCCUGUUUAUUAGCACAGGUGACACACAGAGUAGAUGUGGAGUCCAAAGUGGGCAAUUGAUUUUGGGGAGGCACUUCAUAUUUAAAAAUAAGAUAAGGCAUCUUUGAACCCUGACCAAACACAAGGCACAAGCUUCUGGGGACUUGGCAAGGCUGACUGCAGCCAGUUACUGCCAAGCCUGAUCAGUUUCGUAAAGGAAGCAAACAAGAGUGCGAAUGUGUGGGAACAUGGAUGAGGGUAAAAUGAGAAGGUGAAGAGAAAAAAUACAGGAUUCUACAUGGAGUAGCAAACCACUUGCUAGCCUAGUCCCCCCUGCUUACACACAGCGAUGACAGAUGUCGGCUGAUGACAGUGUCAGGAGUUCAGGAUGCCAGUGGUGAGGAGGGGAUGUUCCUCAGAGUCUGGGGACCAGCGCUGUUGUGCCUGGGGCUUGCUUGCCUGUCAGGCAAUGAAAACCUGACACUUGCCAGUGGUGGCCUGACUGUCAAAAUUACCGUCAUUCACUGAUGUAAAUUACCCGUCCCGCAGAGCCGCACGUGGUGACUUCGGACAUGGCAGCGCUCUCUAAACCUCACGUUCUCUGGGGUACCAGCUCACCCCACAAAGCUCGUCGAACCUUCUGGUUGGCAUCUGAUGGUGCUGUCAGUGUAAUUCUGACAUAUCGUUUUCUUGCAUGUUUUAAAUAAGCAAUAUUAGCACCAUUGUUGUAAGGGGUUUUUUAUGAGACUUUUUAUGAGACUGAUAAAUUUAUGGGACUGAUAAAUCAGGAAUAAGGGAGCUUCCGUCUAAUAAUGUCCCUCACUCCUUGUGUCCUUCUAAAACCUCCUUCCCUAGCUAUUUUCUGCCCCACAUAUGUUCCAGUUUUGACGGUAGAGACGAUAUCCCCUGGCUUCAUGAGCAAAUCCCCAGUGUGUGCCAGUGCAGAAUUUCUGGAGCAGAAUUAAAAGAUGAGAGGGGCCCUGUCAGCGGGGAUGCACUUGAACGAGAGAGAUGAAAUUACAGCUGCUGUUUACAAAGCAAACUUCGCAAGAAAAAUGAAACACAGAUAACAAAUAGUCAAGAAAGUUCUUUUCUCAGUGUUUUCUAAACCAGCACACAACACGUAUUACACCCAGGAUCUCGUGAAUGGAGGAGCACAGUUAGGAGUUACCUUUUAUCUGCUGGCACUUUUCAUGUUGCUGUCCUGACGAUUCUUCUCUGCCAGGUGUGCUCAGUAUCACCACAUUUCUACUCAGGUGCCAGCAAGAGUUGGAAAGGAUAAAUACACUAAUUAUGGGGGGAAUUAUGAGCCAUAUAUUUGUAAAGAGUUAAUGAUGCUUUAGUGGAAAAACAGCAUCAGAAGGAAAAAUCAUUGUCAUUGCGGUUUCUGGUUUUGGUGCCAUGUAUAAAAGCAAGCACCCAUAGCUGAAAAAGACAGCAUGUGGAUUUUUGCAUUCCUGGUAAGCUAUGUUUUCUGUGUGUCAAACAAUCCUUAUCAAAUGCACAUUUUGGAACAACAGAGGCAUUUGAUUGGUCUGGUCCUGGAACAAGAAAAUUUGAGUUAAAAUGACUUGCUUGCUACAAAAAUAAACUACAUUGGCACUAACA